AUGUCGGAGCGACCCCAGAGCACUACUUCCGAGUGCAACAGCCGGCCUGAUGACUUCAGCCGGGCCAUGUACGCCCAGGCCUUGAGUCAAGAGGGGUUUGGAGGCGCGUCGCUCCAGAUCCCACACGGCGUUCUGCAACACCAUAGUCUUCUCUUCAACAAGGCCGCAUAUAAUGGGAUGCCUCCAACAACCAAUCAAACCUUUUUGCCAUUCCCACCGGGCACUGGUGACUAUAGGGCCUCCGACUUGCAAGCCGGUGACUUUUGCCAACCCAAACACUGGUGUCCCAUCGCCGCUCCGGAGUACACCGGGCAAGUAGCAGGGGUCGCAGCGGCUGCCCACCCCACAAACCUGAGCCAACAUAACACCGACACCAGGGAACAAGUCAAGAUGUCCGAAAUAAAGCUUGAGAAGGAUGUCAAUGACGAGUAUGGGCAAAAGAUUCAACAUUAUCCAACUCCACCAUCGUCUGCUGUAGCUCACGGGGUUUACUACUCGACUCCAUGGAACUCGUCGUUUUGGCCCGGCUUUCCCCACAUACCGGCUGCGAAUACCACUACUCAAAACCUCAACUCCAUACCCUCAACAUCGUCUUCAUCGUCCCCAUCUCUCUCGCCCUCACCCCCCAGUAAUGGGUUACCCGGGGUCACGUUCUUCAACGGGAAUGCAAGCCAAACUGCCCAAGCGCCCCAGGCGCAAACCUCUACCCGGAGCAGUAGUUCCUCCAGCGGCGGGUGCAGUGACUCGGAGGAAGAGGAGAAUCUUUCAACUGAGGAGCUGGAACAGUUUGCCAAGGAGCUUAAACACAAGCGUAUAACUCUGGGUUUCACACAGGCAGAUGUAGGCCUGGCCCUAGGCAACCUUUAUGGCAAGAUGUUCAGCCAGACUACAAUUUGCCGCUUUGAAGCGCUCCAGCUUAGCUUCAAGAACAUGUGCAAGCUGAAGCCCCUGCUUCGGAGAUGGUUGAAUGAGGCUGAGACCUCGGACAACCCCCAGGAUAUGUACAAGAUCGAGCGGGUAUUUGUGGACACCAGGAAGAGGAAGCGGAGGACCAGUCUGGAGGGGUCGGUGCGCACUGCUCUGGAGUCCUACUUUGUCAAGUGUCCCAAACCGAACACCCAGGAGAUCACACACAUUGCUGAUGACCUGUGUCUGGAGAGAGAUGUGGUACGUGUGUGGUUCUGUAACCGCAGACAGAAGGGGAAGCGCCUGGCCCUCCCCUUCGAUGAGGAGUGUGAAGGACAGUACUAUGAGCAGAGCCCCCCUCCCCCGCACAUGGCUCACUCCCCCCUCCCCGGGCAGGGGUACUCUCUCUCUGGCCACCCUGGGGGCCCCACCUUCUACAUGCCCCCCCUCCAGAGGCCAGAUGUCUUUAAGCAGGCCCUGCACCCUGGACUGGUGGGUCACCUGACAAGCUAAACAGGUUCCAGUUCUCCAAACCAGCCCGGGCCAUGUGGCCACCUCUUCCCUUCCCCACCCAACAUGCCUACCUC